UUCUCUUCGAUUCGAUUCUUCGACUCACGCCGGUGCGUGCUCGGCAGCAGCAAAUCGGCUUAAUCGCUCCAUCUCCGGCGUGCCUCUGAGGAUAAUCUCUCAAUUUCCGACUCUUUCUAUCCCUCUGAGGAACAAUUUCUCGCUGCUGGAUAUUUGUUCGGGUUCCUUAAUCUUCAAAUCCGAGGCUCUGAGUUCGCUUUCUGAUUCAGUGUGGCAGUGGCUGGACUUGGGUCUUCAUUAGCCCAACGCUCUACUCAGUCCUCCUGCAGCUGCCGAAGUGUUUUUGAGGUGAAACAGAAGAAUGAGGCAGCUAAAAUUUCACGAGCAGAAGCUGUUGAAGAAGGUUAACUUCUUGGAAUGGAAGAGAGAAGGAGGUCACAGAGAAGCCCAGGUCAUGCAGCGGUAUCACGUCACUGGACGGGACGAUUACAAAAAGUAUUCGAGCUUGUGCCGGAGGGUUCAGAAGCUGGUUAGCAUGUUGAAGAAGAUGAACGAGAAGGACCCUUUUCGAUUGGAGUUGACUGAGAAGCUUCUUGAAAAGCUGUACAAUAUUGGUGUGAUACCGACCCGACAAAGCUUGAAUUUAUGUGACCGCUUGUCAGUGUCAUCCUUUUGCAGACGGAGGCUAUCGACGGUGUUGGUACGUUUGAAGUUUGCGGAGCACCUGAGGGAAGCUGUUACAUACAUCGAGCAAGGGCACAUCAGAGUAGGUCCAGAGACAGUUACUGACCCAGCAUUCCUAGUUACAAGAAAUAUGGAGGACUUCAUAACAUGGGUUGAUUCAUCAAAGAUAAAGAGAAAGGUUCUACAAUACAAUGAUAAGCUUGAUGAUUAUGAUGCCAUGAACUGCUGAGAUGAGUAUUGUCCAGUUUUUGUUCCUUUUUACCUCAACCUCUUGUACGGAUGUUUUCUCAUCUCAGCCUCGUUCAUACCUUCUGGUUCGGCAUACAGGUUAAAUUGCUAUUCUAGAUUAUCUUAGCCCUUUUGGUUAAAUUACGCUUUUAGUUCCUAUGUUUGUUAGUAACUUAGCAUAAGAUAUAUGAUGUAACCAAUGGUUUUAUGAUAUGAUAUGAUAGGGUAUUGUUUUUAAGGUUAAAGAACAUUACUUUCAAUGAAGUAAUGAUUGUGUUCCUGAA